AUGUGGGUGGUGGACCAGGGGCGAGGGCAGGGGACAAUGUCUGUGGAGAAGGGGGCUCUGUUAAGGUUUCCGCCCUUGGACGGGAGGGAGCGGCGGGGUAAGCAGCCUAGGAGGACUAGAGGGCUCCACAAGUCCCGCGGCCAGGUCGCCCCAAGCGAGGCCGGGGUCCGCGAACGGUCGCCACUGGAGCGGGGCUGCAAGGGGGUGCCGAUGCUGCGAGAGAAAACCUGGGGACCUUGGAACGGGCUCAUGGUGAUUGGGAAGAGAGUGGAGCUCCUGACUAGAAACACUCAAAAGCCGAAGCUGGAGUCUGAGUACUGGAGACUGGAAGAUGUGGAAAAGACGAUCUUGAAAGGGAAGUCAUGCCCGAGUCAGGAAAGGAUGGAUGUGAAGCUGCUGUACCGUGGAGCAAGUGCAUCACAAGCUUCAGCAGAUUUGGGGAAAGACAGCCCAAGGGGGAUUUGGGGAAAGCAAGAGGUCAAACACGAAAUAAGGGCUAAAUCUAAGAGUGCAGGGAUGACAGCAGGGCCUAUGAAAGGGUCUGGGUUUAAAGAGAGGUUGAGGUCUGCUGGGGAGAAGGUAGGGACCAGUGGAGAGGACUUGAGAUCCAGUGGAUAUAAACUGGGACAGAAUGAGAAGGAGUUGAGGUCGAGUGCAGACAAGAUGAGAUCAAGUGUAGAGAACCUGAGGUCUACUAGUGAGAAGCUGGUGUGCAGGGGAGAGAAGCAGGGAUUCAGUGGAGUAAAGCUGAGGUCCAGUGGCAUAAAGCUGAGAUCAAGUGGAGAGAAUUUGAGAUCAAGUAGAGAGAAGCUGAGAUGGAGUGGAGAGAAGCUGGGAACUAGUGGAGAGAAGCUGAGAUCAAGUGGAGAGAAGCUGGGAACCAGUAGAGAGAAGCUGAGGUUGAGUGGAGAAAAGCUAAGAUCAAGCAGAGAGAAGCUGAGGUUGAGUGGAGAGAAGCUGGGAACCAGUGAUGAGAAGCUGAGGUUGAGUGGAGAGAAGCUGAGGUAGAGUGGAGAGAAGCUGAGGUAGAGUGGAGAGAAGCUGAGAUCAAGCAGAGAGAAGCUGAGGUUGAGUGGAGAGAAGCUGGGAACCAGUGAUGAGAAGCUGAGGUUGAGUGGAGAGAAGCUAAGAUCAAGCAGAGAGAAGCCGAGGUUGAGUGGAGAGAAGCUGGGAAGAAGUGAUGAGAAGCUGAGGUUGAGUGGAGAGAAGCUGAGAUCAAGCAGAGAGAAGCUGGGAACCAGUGGAGAGAAGCUGAGAUCAAGCAGAGAGAAGCUGAGGUUGAGUGGAGAGAAGCUGGGGUCAAGUGCGGAGAAGCUGAGAUCUAGUGAGGAGAAGUUGGGGACCAGCGGGGAGAAAUUGGAGGGUUCAAGAAUGGGGAGCAUAAAUGAGAAGAACAUUGAAAAAGUGGUAGAAGUUACUGGCGAUGAAAGAGUGAUGGCAUUUACUGAUGAUGAGAUGGAAAUUCCUUUUGAAAGUGUCAAAAGGAGUGAGGAACUACAAGGGACUGAGAAAGGAGUGGGAGUUGAGGGGGGCAUCUUGAGUGAAGUGAAAGAUAUCACUAAUGAAUCUGUUUCUAUGGAAAAGAAAGAUAUUAUAGGUGAAGGUACCAGUGAAUGAGGUAGAUGAAGGAUUGACACCAAAGAAGGAAAGAGGCAGACAGGAGAAGUACUGAAAGUCAGAGGAGAAAUUAGAGCCAGGCAGAACGUUAUUGACACUGAAGGGGUAAAGUUGAGAAAGGAAAGGAGAGAGUCUGAGCCUAAAAUAAAAGAGAGUGAGGAAGAAGAGCUGCUGGGGCUGAAGGCGGAGGCCAGGAUCAAAGGAAGCAAAGAGGAGUGUCUGGUUCAGAGGGAAGUGGGAACAUAUGGAGGAGAAAGAGAAGACUUGGUAACGUGUUGACGGAGGACACUUGGAUAUUGGGAGAAAAGCUGUGACUGGGAGCUCAUAAGGAAAUGUUUGAGAAAAGGAUGGAGGAUGGGCUAGAAGGAUUUAGUCUGACACAUGAUGGGGUGUAUGAGAUGCAGAAUUGCAGCAGGAUAAAGGGUAGAUUUUGAGGGUUGUGGAAGAAGGUGCAGACUGAAGUGGGCAAAAUUUCUGAAAGAGGAGCCUGAAGAAUAAAGGGCUCCCAAGUAACAAAAGCAGGAGAGGAGAUAAGAAAGAAGUGAGAAAAAACGUAAGAAGCCACAUGCCAUGAUGGUGAUUGUGUUUGUUGAUCUCUGCCAUCCCGAGAUCAUCACUCCUAGCCUUCUCUGGAAACUCUCUGAGAGCCGGGGAAUCGUCUCUUUCAUAAGAGGACUGCACAGGCACGAGGUCAUCAUACUUGGGCAGUUUUUGGCUUUGUGAAAAUCUCUCAGAUUGCACCGCACAGUAUACAAAUGAUGAACCAGACAACCACAUUCGUUCUUUGGAUUGCAUUUUCUCCUGGGAUAUCAGACACAUUUCACCAGGGCCACAGAAAGAAAAAUGAAGACCAAGAUACCGUGACAAAUGCCAACUACCUCGUGACAGGGAAGAUGAUGCCAUCAGAUCUGUGCUUCACAUAGAGAAGUCCGGCUUAGAGAUGGAGUCACCGGGGCAUGGUGUGCGGGCACUCAGUAAAGUGGAGAUAUGAUUACUAGAUCAUUAUGCACAGAACAGAACUUCUGGAAGAGGACCAAAGAAGAGAAAAAGUGGAAGUGUCACAUGCCCAGAGGACAAUAGAUGCGACAGAGAUGAAUAAAACAAAACAAAACAAAAGGAAGAAAGCCGAGCUAAUCUGCGAGUUCCAUCAAGGCUAAGAACGCAUCGUUGUUUUGUCACGCGGUUUCUAGCCCGGCUCAGACCUGGGCUGCGGCACCUCAGGCAUCUCCUUUCAUCUCUUAGCUCUUCUCCUGGCUCCCGGGCGUUUCUCAAGACUUUUUGGACCUGGACUGGUCCAUGGCAGAACACCUCUUUCCUGAGUCCUCCCCAUGCACCUGCCCAAAGCGGGGGAUUGGGGUGGCACUCUCCGAGAUGCCAGGCUCCUCAAAUGGAACCAUCACCCCCUAGGCUGUACUUGGCAUUGUCUCCAAGGAGCCUGGGGAGGUAACCGGUUGGGGACUGAUUCACUUGGGAGGGAGGGAGCGAGUGCAGAUUGCAGAUGCUAUCUAGUCGGGCCAAGUCAACCUGGGGAAGGGCAGGUCUGUGUCUCAGCUGGUUUAGGGGUGGGAGAGUGGGAUCGGAACUUUUACACCUUGCAUUCUUAGGAGGACGUCACAAUGGUUUUCCCAAGGCCUCCUUAUCUGAGGGUGUUUACCUAUUCAACCAGCAUACGCAGGUUCAGGACUCCCACUUUGUCCGGGUUCUGUCCUCACAGGCACAGGAAGACUGAUGCGAACAACAGGGUCUGACAAACCAAAACUCACAGAUAAGAGACUCAGGUUAUUAGGGCAGAUGCCAGAAGUCAUGGGAUCUUCACGGGGUGGCUGUAGGCUGAGCAAUCUCCCUCGGGAUGUGAGGGAGUGUAUUUCUGCGUUAUUGGUCAUUGAGAAAUUCCCUAAUCUUAGAGAGAAAAGGAAUGGAACCAAGGGCUUGAAUCGGAGUGUACGUAGUUGACCUAAUUAUAAGGUUGUCCAUCCGUCUGUUUAAUAAACAGUUCCACGAUGUGGGACGGCAAGGUCA